AUGUCGUUUCUGUUCGACAACUACAACAUGUUGAGUGAGCAACAAAGUAGCAAGCUCUUCACAUACUCAUUGGGUCUAUCGCAGGUGUUGGGAGUAUGCGUUGUGAUGACGGUCGUAUUGUGGAUGGGGGGCUACAAUGAAGGUGGUUAUUCUUGGGCAGCGGAUCCAGAACGGCAGUUUCAUUACCAUCCGACAUUCAUGGCUAUGGGACUUGUGUUUCUGUAUGGAGAAGCCAUCCUUGUGUAUCGAGUUUUCAGGAAAGAAAGCAAAAGGUACAUUGGUAAUUAAAAAACUUUAAUGUAACAGUCGUUUUAAGGUUCACGAAACUACUUCAUUUGACACUUCACUCCCUAGUGUUCAUAUUCACUGUGAUAUCACUACGUGCUGUCUGGGAUUCUCAUGACUAUCACAAAGACAGCCAAGGGAAUUUGGCACCUAUUCCCAAUUUGUAUUCUCUACAUUCCUGGAUUGGCCUUUCUUCUGUUAUAUUGUACUGUAUCCAGUUUGUGCUUGGUUUCUCCGUAUUCUUCUUCCCUGGUUUUGCAAUGGAAGUUCGUCGUUUUAUACUACCGUUUCAUCAACUAUUCGGAUUACUAAUAUUUGUGGGUAUUGGUGCUGUAGCCCUGUCUGGAAUAAGUGAAAGAGCAGCCUGGAAACAUACGUAUGUUUAGACCAUAAUCUAUACGUAUUAUCUUUAAGUUGUUGGACGAAAGAUGGUGUGUUUUGUGGCCAGCAAGCAAUGUCCAACUUUUUCGGCCUAUUUGUUAUUGGUUACGUCGCUACCGUAGUCUUCAUCGUAGCAAAUCCUAGAUGGAAACGACAACCGCUACCAGAAGAGGAAAUGCUGCAGCGAUUGACUCCAGACUAA